GCCGCCGGGCAGCGGGGAGCGCGGCGCGGAUCGCGGGCCCGCCGGCCUGGGCGCGGGCGGCAGGAUGCUGCUGUUCGUGGAGGUGGGUGUAAUGCUGCCCUAAUUGUUGCCAGUGAUGUUUCCUAGCUAGAAAACCAGGACUGUGUGAAGCACUGAGUAUUGCUGGCCUCCUUCUAGCAGGAAGGGGUCUGGAGGAGGGAAAAGUUCCCUUUCUGGUGAAAGGGGCCUGGAGCAUUAUGACAGUCAAGUCUUUAAAAGCUUGUGAGUUACCAGAGUCCUUGACGGCUAGCCGCUUCCUCUGCUGAUGUUGUCGGAUGUCAAUAAAGAGAGGUUGAAGGCAACACUUCUAAUGGAGCAGGUAACAUCGAAAGGUGCUGGCUUAAACCCCAACGCAAAAGUGUGGCAGGAAGUGCCUCAGGGGAGUGGAGAGGCUGUGCCACCAACAAAUGGCGCAGAGCACUCGUGGCAAGAAGCAGCAGCCACGCAAGGGACUCACACCGAGGGUAACAUAGAGAUUUCAGAAGAUAGCUGUAAGCAAUAUGAAGUGAUGUAUUCCCCGUCUUGUGAAGCCACAAGAAAUGGCACAGGAGUUGAUGAAGCAUCUGCAAAUGGAAUUGUCCUAGCAACUGAAGAUCUUGGAUACCAAAUCUAUGAAGUAUCUGGUGAAGGCAGCUCCACUGUGUCCACAGAAGACAUCAGAGAAUGUUUGAAAAAGCAACUUGAAUUCUGCUUCUCACGUGAGAAUCUUUCAAAGGAUCUCUACUUGAUGUCUCAAAUGGACAGUGAUCAGUUUGUACCAAUAUGGACAAUUGCCAACAUGGAAGGGAUUAAGAAGCUGACAACUGACAUGGACCUUAUUCUGGAUGUUUUGAGAUCUUCUCCUAUGGUACAAGUGGAUGAGAGAGGGGAGAAAGUGAGACCAAACCACAAACGAUGUAUUAUCAUUCUCCGUGAGAUCCCUGAAACGACACCUAUCGAGGAGGUGAAGGCUCUGUUUAAAAACGAAAACUGCCCCAAAGUGAUAAGCUGUGAGUUUGCUCACAACAACAACUGGUACGUUACAUUCCAGUCGGACACGGAUGCACAACAGGCAUUUAAAUACCUAAGGGAAGAAGUGAAAACCUUUCAGGGCAAGCCAGUAAUGGCAAGGAUAAAAGCCAUCAACACCUUUUUUGCUAAGAAUGGUUACCGGGUAGUGGAUUCCAGUGUCUAUACUCAGCCAGUUCAAACACAAGCACAGUUUGCCUCACCCCUCUUUAUGCAGCCUGUAUAUAGUCCUCAGCAGUACUCAAUUUACAGCAUUGUGCCUCAGACUUGGUCUCCAAAUCCUGCACCUUACUUUGAAACACCACUGGCCCCCUUUCCCAACGGUGGAUUUGUGAAUGGCUUUAACACACCAGGAUCAUACAAAACAAAUGCUGCUGCUUUGAGUAUAGGUCGCCCAUUCCAUAGAAAUCGUGUGAAGCCUCACUUCCGAUCAUCCAGCAGCUCGGAACACGCCGUGGAGGGUCCAGCUGCUCUCAGCACCAUGCCAAUGGGGGAUGGACCACUCAACAGAACCAACUCAAGGAACUUUGUUAUGGAGAGACAUAACAGCACCUUAGUGGGGCACCAAGACCAAGGUUAUUCCCAGAAGGAUUCUGCCAGUGCACAGAUGGAGCAGAACGGUGACUACGGCGUUGGCAGGGGCAGGAGGAACGUUUUCAGAGGUCGGAGGAGACGAGAAGACGACCGGGUGUCGAGACCUCAGCCUUCAGCAGAAACAAAGACCCAGACACCAAAGUUUGACUUGCUAGCAUCAAAUUUCCCACCUUUGCCUGGCAGCACAGCAAAAAUCCCGGGAGAGCCUGUGCUGGAGAGCAGGAUGUCUGACGUCGUUAAAGGAGUCUGCAAAGAGAAGGAAAGCAAAGAUUUGCUGCCCAGCUGUCCAACUCCUGCUCAGGAAGAACAGAUGCACAACACUGUCCAACAGCCUGUGACGAGUGUGAGCUCACCAACUCAGACUGAAGCUGUGGUGUUAAGCACAGUUCAGCCAGACAGCAAACCAGAAGAAGUGUCUCCUCAGAAGGACAUCCCAAGCCAUGCUUCCCCACCGGUGUCUGUCUCUCCUGUCAGUGCUGCAAAGCCACCAAGGACAAAUACCACUUCACCUUCUGCUGCUGCAAGUGCAGCCCCUGCUUCGUCAACGCAGGAGCCACGCAAGCUGAGUUACGCUGAAGUUUGCCAGAAGCCCCCAAAGGAGCCUCCUCCAGUUCCUGUUCAGCCUCUGAGGGAGCAUCGCACCAAUAUAGUUCCCCCUGCCAAAAAUGAAGAUAAUGGCACAGCUGAGAAGGCUUCUUCAGAGAAGGCUCCUGACAAGGCUGAAGGUCGGAUGAAGGAUUAUCCCGGGUUCCGAGGCAACGGGCCUCCCAGGGGAGCUGCUGGCAAAAUCAGGGAACAGAGGCGCCAGUUUGGACGCAGAUCAUCGCCUCAGGGAGCACCUCGGCGCCUUGGCAAGGAGCAGCACGUGCCACCCCGCUCACCAAAGUAACACUUGUCCAGCCACUUGUUCUUUAUUUAACUCAAGCUGUGGACUUUGAAGCAGCAAAGGAGACUGUGAGAGAGAAGUAUUCGCGAAGGGGAAUACUGAACCGGAGCGUGGCUUGUGUGUGAAGUUGUGGAGGGUCCCAGAAUUCAUCUCUAGAAGUGAUUUCACAAAUGCUGGAGGAUUCCAAUCAAUAUAAAUAUAGAGAUUAUAAUUUUUGUAUUUUUUUUUGUUUUUAAUUUGCAGAGAGUUUCCUGCUUGACAUCAGUUUUGGGGUUGUGAAACUUGCAUUUUGGCUAAGUGAAAGGCUAUGAAUGGGCAGGUGAAGCUGUCCCUCAGUGUAGGAGCAAAAGGAUAAGAGAAUAUUAUUUUUGAAACAAACAAAAAAAAAGGAGCAUUUCUGUAAAAUUAGAACUUUUUUUAACCUAUUUAACAUUUGGCUUGUGGGGUGAUGUGUCUGCCAUUGAUGGCCUUGCAUUGCAGAGCCCGUCUGCAGCCGAGGUGCUUGGUCAGUGUGAGUGGGGUGAGUGCAGCCAGAUACUGUUGUCAUGACUUAGUCUCUGAUGGUAAAAACUGAAUGUACUACUGUAGUAAACUUUGUGUUUCCACCUUGAGGUAUAAGUCUCUUGACCUAACUGAUAAUUCACUCAGAAAGCUUUUUAAACUAUGAUUGUGACAGGGCACUGCGUUGGAGGCCGGAGCGUGUGGACAGCAAACGUUGUCUCUAGAUGCAGUUGGAAGGAGGCAGAAGGGAGCACGGCAGAAGUUUUUCAUUUGCCCUUUUUCCUGACUUCCUUUUGAGGGCAGCUUCUUAGAUUUAGGGCUGUGGGGUUUUUUUUUUCCCCUUCCUUGUUACUUUCUCUCAUCUCUUUAUUACAGGCUUUUAUGCAUUUCUCUUGGCGUGUUUUCCUGAGGCAGGCCCAGCACAGGAUUGAUGGCUGGCUACACCGUGCUUGACGUUAGCUUUGCCACUGGAGAGCCUGCACUUCCAGUUGCAGAUGGGGGAUUCUGCCUUGCAGAUGGGAACUCUGGCACAGAGUUCUGCGUGCCCCACUGUGCUUGAACUGGUGUGUGUCUGGCCAGCAAGUGGGAGACACAGCCAGGGUUUCUGUAUACUGACCUAUCUUUGUGUUCUGGAGUAAGGGAUUGGAUGCUGUGUGCUAGAAAUCGGGUUUAUAUGUACUGGGAAACUCAUUGUUUACAGCUGAUGUAGUAGCAAUUGACUCCUUUUAACCAUUUCAAGUGGAACUAAAGGAAAGUGUUAAACAAAACCCCUCAUGAUCAGAGGAGCUACUUGAAAGGUGGCAUCUUGCCUCUCUGUGUGCUGACUAUACAUUUGCAACACUAUUGUGUCGUAAGUGAUGGAGCUGAGAAGGGGUUACAGGAAGGACCGAAACAGGAAGAUUCAGUGCGUUAAUCUGCCAAAAUCAGCAUGCCAGGGCUCAAAGUUCUGUAUAAAGUGUUAGGGAAAAGUAGAUUCCAGCAGUAAGAAUCACACCUUUUCUUCUUUGUUUUGUUUUUGGUUUGUUUUUUUUUUAGUGAAUAGCAAGUGUACAAAUCUGAAGUUGUGAACACUGGAAAACUCAAUUGUGAUAUAUACCAUAAACAUCUUAGUAAUAUAUGCUAGUGUUGCCAUAGAAUGAAUGUAAGUGGCAGUUAAAAUAACUGUGAAAACUCUCUUCACCUUCUGAUUUCUUAGCCAGGUCACCCUUGGCCACUUCUUAACUGAGUAGGCAUUCUCUUAUCAAACUGCUUUGAGAACACUCAUAUCUAUUUUUAUAAAUAUAUAUAUAAAGCCAGAGUUGUCAUUUCUCUAACUUAUUCUUCAGCUUGGCAAUUGCUUUGGUUUGAUUCCUAACACAAGAUGAUGUAUUUAUGCAGUUAACUGUUCCUUUCUACGCAUGUUAUAUAUAUACAUAUAUAUAUAAAAGAAACCAAAAUCAUUAUUCACUUUUAAAACUACCUGUACUGGGUUGGGGAGGGUUUGUUUUUAAUUUAGUAAAAGCAAGAAAUCUUUGGUCACAUCCACAGCUGAGGGAUGCUGACAGAGCCCUGCCCCCUUGAUCUCGCUGAUGCUGCAUUUGUUGGAAGGGGAGAGGAGUCUGAAGUUCUGAAAUGCAAUGAAAUCAGAGUUUGUGAUUGUUUCAAAAGGCUGUGGGUGGUUACUGCAGUCAAACUGGAAAAAAACCCACCAAACCUGUGAUGGUCACAGCUGGGGACACUGUGGUGGCAAGGUUGAAUCAGGACUGGGAUGGCUCAGAGCCCGUCAGCUCUGGCGUUUCAGAGGCAGAGUCGCUUGGGCAGAAGCUUUGGGCAGUUGUUGGUCCCUGUUGAAGGUGAGGUGCUGACUGAUCCAGCAAGAGUGACCUUGUAGUGCUGAAAGGGUUUGUAAAGGAUUGUGAAAUGGAACUUCUUCAUCGAUGAGGAGUGUGAAAGCAAAAACACACACUGAAGCUGCAGUUGUGUCUUGUGAGGUGAUUGGAAGCGCUUGUGCUGAGGAUGCUUUGUGUGUCCUGGCUGUGCGUUGCCCAGCAGCAGAUGAUGGCUCCUGUACAGUUCAUGCAGAUGAGUCUGUAAACCUCUUGGCUUUUCCCAGCAUCUUGGAACUUUUCUCAGAUUAGGGCACUGCUCAUUAUUUAUUUAAUACCUGUGUGCAAGGAUUUAACCUCAGCGUUCCCCCUCUCCCCCUCCCCCAGUGCCGUUUAUAACCAUGGUUUUGGGGUUUUUCCUUUUUGAUUCUUUUGUGUGUGUGGGGGAAAUAACCAAGUAAAUACAAAGGCUGUGAAAACCAUAGUUCUGUGUGCAAGUUCUCCUGCAGUCCCCAUAUUGCAUGGCAAGCAUGUCACAUAGCUGGGCCAGCUGCUGCAUCCCCCUCCCCAGCUUGGCCCAGGCAGGCUGUGGCAUCUCUUACAGCAGCCUGGGGGAAACGGGGCCACGGUGAUGGCUGUGGAGCCAGACUGCUGGGGCAGCCCGUGGCAUUUCCUUUGGGCUGUGUCCUUCUUCUCAGCAGAGCUGAAGCUGUUCCUCCUUCCACAGCAAUGCUCAGUGUGCACUUGGAAGCGACAAACAGCAGCUCUCGGAGGUUCCUUCUCACCACACGAGAUAAAGACAGGUUUUUCUGCUCAGCUGAUGUUAAAUACCAGAAGGAGCAGAUCACAUGUGAUGAGGAUUUUGUCAGUUGAUUGGACUGUGACUUGUUUCCAGAGACUCUUGGUUAGCUACAGGAGUGUGCUUCCCCAGCUGAGUUCUUUUCCAAGGGGUUGUGCACAGGAAAGAGAGAAGGGGGAUUAUUUGCAUGUGAUUAGUUAAGUGCAAAAAGUUGGGUUUUCUUUUCGUUUCUAAACUUAAGUUAGUUCUAUAGGAUCUUACAUUCCUGCUACCUUUUGUUUCCUUCUUUUUUACACAGCAGUUAGCCUGGCUCGGGGUGAUGGGGCAGUUUUAGCAGUAGAGUUAAAAAGCAAAAGCUUAAAAAAACCCCACAAAAACAAAAGCAAGUAGCUACGAACCAGAAGAGAAAGAAGAUACUGUGGCAGAUCAGUAGCAAAUAAGUGACUUAAUCGAUGCUUUACUGUAGUUAAAUAGCUAUGGCCUUACUACUUUGUCAAUAUCAGCUUAAUUGUCUUGAAAACGUCGGCUGUUUUUGCUGUCCCCCGGGGGAAGGGUCAGCCCGGGGGCACAGACCUGCUCUGUACAGACGAGACUUUAAACGUGUAAACGUUGUGUUACAGAAACGAUGCAACAGAAACGAUGCAACAGAAAUGCACUUGGGGCUGGGGGAGGGGGGAGAAACGGCUCUGGUGAGUUCCUUUGUCAAUCCUCGAUGACUACAGAUAUGCAAUAGAACCGUUUGUUCCUUUGUUUGUUGUUUUCCUUUCUAAUUUUUGAUAUUUCCUACAGAUUGUUGCCAUUAAUCUGAAUGAUUUCUCAUUGCUCUGUGUGUGUGUGUGUGUGUGAGUGUUACCUAUAGUCUGAGCUUCCUUUAGGAUGGUACAUCAUUUGGGUUUGUUGUAGUGUUUUAGUUGGCUCUUGGGUUGCCUUUAGGCACCGCCAGACGUGAUUCGAGUCUGUUUUUAAUGUACAGUCGGGGAGGACUUGAAGUGGAGUGAAAGCAACUUAUUCCUGGAAAACAAAUCCAUCUGCAAAGUAACCUGUAACAACUUAAGAAGUUUUAUAUUUAAGAAGCAGAGGUUUAUUUUUAUGGAGCUUCAGUUUAUGGACACAGUUUCCACUAAAAGAAAAUGCAACUUCCAAUGUAAACAGACUGUGCAGAAAUGGCUUUUGUUCUAAUUUUUAUAGAAUACAAAAUAUUCAGAUAAUAUAUUGAGCUCAAGUUCCUACAACCAUCUCCUUCCUCCCGGAUGAAUCCAGCUUUCCCCUUGGCAUUUGUUUUUUGAUCUCUCUUCAAAGCGUGGUAGGGCUUCAGUGAGAGGAAAAACCACAAAAACCCACAAGAGCAUCUUAUCUGGCUUCUCUACUUUUGUCUGUUCUGGUAGAUUCCUGUUGUCAAAACUGUCCAAAACGAAAUUUGUGUAAAAGUAGGUUCAUGCUUUAAAUGUUCAAAUGAUAAUACAUGUAUUUGUAUUUGUUUUUGACAUUGCCAAGGUGCUAUGGGAAAUUGAAAUAACAGUUAGAAAAAUAAAGCUGAUUUAAAAUAAAAACCAAAACCAACCAAAACCAAACACCAAAAACA